GUUCUUUGAGCGCUUUCAAGCGCGCGCCGAGGCUUGGAUUCUACUCAGCCUUCGUAUCACAAUCAGCUCCGCCAUUUUAGCACGCUGCGAAGCCUGUCAAACCCCAACCGUCGAACCGGAACACCCGGCCAUCAGCCAGUCAUCCUCUCAGCCUCGCCUCAUACGAUUGCGCUAGGAAUACUUGAACUCGACAUCCCAAGGCAACCACGUUUGGUCCUGCCAGUCGCUACACGCUGCGACGCCUGACCCGGACAUCAUGCCCAACAUGACAGCCAACGGAGUCCGCAGAAAAGACACCACAAAGGGCCCGCCGCUGCGCAUUCUAUCCUUAGAUGGCGGCGGCGUGCGGGGGUACUCGAUGCUCAUCAUCCUCCAGGAAUUAAUGCAUCGAACCUUUGUCGAGACAGAGGGCCGCGCGCCCAAGAGACACGAACUCCCCAAGCCAUGCGAGCACUUCGACCUCAUUGUGGGAACAGGCACCGGCGGCCUGAUUGCCAUUAUGCUGGGGCGCCUGAGGAUGGACGUUGAGACGUGCAAAGACGUCUAUGUGCGCAUGACAAGACGAGUCUUCGAAACAGACAAGACAUUUGCUGGUAUACCCUACCGCUCAACCCUGUUCAAGGCCUCCAAGUUGGAGGAGGCCAUUAUGCAAUGCGUGCGCGAACACACCAUCUACGACGACGAAGGCAACGACACUCACGAGGGGCGCGACACCCCACCCAUGACUCCUGGAAGCGCCAUCUCGGGCCGUAUGCAGAGGAGUGCUAGUAACGCCAGCAACUACAGUCAGAUUGGCAUGUCGCCUGUGAACAUGCGGAUAGCUGCCAUGAAGUGGGGGAAUCCACAUGCUUUGCUCUACGACAACCGCGAGGAGCGUACCAAGACCGCCGUCACAGCCGUUUACAAAGGUACCAAAAAGUCGAGCAGCGGCCAGAUCCUCCUCCGCUCCUACGAUUCCCGCAAAGAACCACCUAUAGAACCUAAUGCCACAAUCUGGCAAGCCGGUCGAGCCACCUCUGCGACUGCGCUGGCUUUCAAGCCUAUCCAGAUCGGCCAGUCCGUCUUCCUUGACGAAGGCUCCGGCAAAUACAACCCCGCUCCUAUGGCUCUGGACGAAGCUGUUGUCAACGAAUGGCCUGGGCGUGAAGUUGGUGUCUUUGUAAGCAUCGGCACUGGCAAGCGGCCCGAAGGCACAAAUGCCCAACAACACUUGUGGUGGGAAGGUUUCGUUUCAGGCGGCAUCGGAGACUUUGCAGAGGCCAGACGAAGGCUGAUAUCAAAGAUUGAAGGAUGCGAAAAGACGCACAAGGAAAUGAAGGACCACCUCGCAAAAAGACAUGUCAACCCGGAGAACUACUACCGCCUGAACGUAAACGUCGGUGUAGGCGAAUUUGGAAUGAAUGAGUGGAAUGCCCUGGCCGAGAUCAGCACAAACACGCGCAUGUACUUGGCCGAGCAGAGCGUGCAGGGUAUGACAAUGGACGCGGCCGCCAAGAUUGCACGGAUACACUUUGCCAAGAUACGAUGGGAGCGCGCCGCCAAAGGAGAGUCGCCAUACUCACCAUGCGCACAAGCACCAAACAAGCCCCUUCCCCAGGUCCCAGACCCGGCGCCCAUGGCCGUCGAACUCCCAGCGGAAGAGCUCUCACCAGACUAUUAUACAAACAUACAUCCUGCCUUCCGGCCUCCACCGACACAACGUCAACCCUCAGAUAAUGACAAGUUCCUGGUUGUCAGCUCUGGGGAGCACCCGCCCUCUCCAGACCCCGACUAUGACCUACUACCUCGACAUUCCGGUGAACUUGUCUCACCUGGUCGCCGUUCAGCCGACCAAUUCACAACAGGGCGUCCUGUAUCCAUGGUGAGCUCUGCAAACAGCUGGGACGAUGGGCUAUCAAAUGCGCCGCCUAGGCCCCCCAAGACACCUUUGCAAGACGGAUCAAGACCACCACCGUCCAUCUCGGUUGUUUCCCCCAUAUUGCCACCUGCCGGCUUGUCGUUUUCGAGACCACCCCCAGGUGCACCCCUGCCCUACCCGGAUACGGAUGGACCACCUCCGAUUGUGAACAAAGCGACAAAACCCGACUACACGCGGUAAAAUCUGAAUUUGACUUGUCCUUUUUUGCAUAUACAACGGAUCAACAGGCGUUUAUGAACUGAUGAAAUGAGCCGUCCUCACGAAAGAGAAGUAGAGAGGCUUUGGAUACGAAAGUGCAUGAUUGAAACCAAGGAAUUCCCAGUUUCAGGAGAAUUAGUUUGAUACCCACACUUGAAAUCUCUUUUAUUUUU